AUGGCUCGCGGUACGAAACGCGCGCGUGCACUGUCGCCGAAGCACGAACCCCCGUCCUCUCCGCUCUCGCCUCUUUCGCCGUCUCCAGGACCGACCGAUGAGAAAGACGACAUCGUAGUCAGCCCUCCUGUGGCUAAGAAGCGGAAACAAUUCGCGUCUUCUCAGGCGAAGAAGCUAAAGCAGCUUGCCGAAUUCUCCGGUUCUACGCCCUUUCCUCAUUAUCCCGGACCUACACCGCAAGAUGCCGCGGACGUUCUCUCGGUGCUCGCACAGGCGCAUCCCAAUCACGCCAGCGCUCGCAAAGCGCCAGCUGAUAGCGCCACUGCCAACUCUGCAUCGACCUGCGGCGCAGUACGAGAUGUUAUUGACGCCCUCAUCGGCACCAUACUCUCUCAGAAUACGUCGGGCCGCAAUUCCACUGCAGCGAAACGCAGUCUCGACGAGACGUUCGGGCGGCACGGCUUCAAGGCCAUCGCCGAAGCGCCACGUGAAGCUGUCGUGGAUGCGAUCCGCAUGGGCGGCCUUGCGAAUCGCAAAGCUGGUAUCAUACAGGGCAUGUUACGUGCUGUGUAUGCGAAGCACGGGGUGUACUCCCUUCAGCACCUCUCGAAGCUCCCUGACACGGAAGCAAUGGCCGAGUUAUGUGGCUACGACGGAGUCGGACCGAAGACGGCUUCAUGUGUAUUGCUCUUCGCACUGGGGCGCGAUUCGUUUGCUGUGGACACGCAUGUCUACCGCCUUUCGAAAGUCUUGCGCUGGGUCCCUCAAAGCGCGGACCGCGUACGCACCCAGCUGCACCUCGACGUGCGCAUCCCGGGACAUCUCAAGUACGGCCUACACGUGCUCAUGGUCGCUCAUGGAAAGGCGUGUAAAGGAUGUAAAGGGGACGGGAAUCGAACUGAGCCUUGCGUUCUGAAGAAGUACAUGCGUGAGCGCAAGGGGGUGAACGAGGAUGACACCGCACACGCCGUGGAGAAGGCUGAGGAAGUAGAAGAUAGCGACGAUACAGUUCCGCACAAGGCCCUUUGA